AUGAUGAGACGGCUGCUGGUUUUUGCUGGCCUGUUCGCCUACUGCUGUGCGCUCCCGGCUCAAGGUCGCAUCACCGAAUCAUCCGCUAUCCCUCCGGCUUGGAGGAAGCUCCGGCCCGCGAGCGAUGCGGCCACGGUCAAUCUGCAAAUUGGUGUCAAGCAUGAUGAGGAGACGAUGAACGAGCUGAAGUGGCGGCUGUAUGAGGUCUCGGACCCGAGGAGCCACAGCUAUGGCCGCCAUCUUGGCCGCGAAGAAAUGGCCGCCCUUUUCAGAGCUCCAGACGAGGCAGUCGCGUCUAUUGAGCGCUGGCUGCUCUCCAGCAACGUCACCAGCUUUACCAAAUCCGCCGGCAACGACUGGAUCACGGCGUCGCUGCCCGUGCGGCAGGUGGAGGAGCUGCUCCGAUGCCGCUACUUUGAGUUUGAAAAUGUGCACGACGGCACGGUCCUGGUCCGGACGACGGAGUGGUCGCUGCCCGCCCACGUGGCGCCGCACGUCGACGUGGUGCAGCCGACCGACGCCUUCUUCCGGCCGAAGCCGUCCAGCCGGUACGGCGGCCCGCCGCCGCCCGACUGGGAGCAGCAAGGGCGGUUGCCGACCCACGCAGAGCUCGUCGAGGAGGACGUCCUCGACCGCGGCCAUCUAGACGUACCCACGAUAGACGAGCUGCCGGAGAACCCGAGCGUCGACGACGCGUGCAACCGGCUGGCCGUGACGCCGCUGUGCAUGCGCGUGCUCUACGGCACCUUGUCCUACGCAGCCCAGUCCGCGGCCACGAACCGCAUGGGCGUCGUCAACUUCCUCGGCAAUAACAACAACCGGUCCGACAUCCGGCGGUACCUGGAGCUGUACCGGCCGGACGCGGCGGCGGCCGGCGCGGCGGAAGCGUUCGACACGGAGCUCGUCGCGGGCGCUGACGACCGGCAGACCCCCAACACGGCGGAGCAGUUUGCGCGGCACAUGGGGCUCGAGGGCGCGCUCGACGUCGAGACGAUGCUCGGCAUCGGGCACCCCACGCCGCUGACGACGUGGAACGUCGGCGGCCAGCCGCCGUUCCGCGCCAGCGCCGCCAAGGUGCGCAACGGCAACGAGCCCUACAUGGAGUGGCUGCACCACCUGCUCGCCCAGGAGCACCUCCCGUCCGUCAUCUCCGUGUCGUACGCCGACGAGGAGCAGACGGUGCCGGAAGCGUACGCCAGGCGCGUCUGCGCCGCCUUUGCGCAGCUCGGCGCGCGCGGCGUCAGCGUGCUCGUCGCCUCGGGCGAUGAAGGCGUCGGCAAGGACGGCUUGUGCGUGACCAACGACGGCCGCAACGCGACGCGCUUCAUGCCCGCGUUUCCGGCGUCGUGCCCGUAUGUGACGGCCGUCGGCGCGACGCGCCACUUUACACCCGUGAUGGCGGCCUUUGACGGGCGGUCCGAUUUCGUCACCGGCGGCGGCUUCAGCGAGUACUUUGCGCGCCCGUCGUACCAGGACGCGGCGGUGGACGGGUACCUGCGCGGCAUCGGGGCGCUCCACGACGGCCUGUAUAAUGCGGGCGGACGCGCGGUGCCGGAUAUCUCGGCGCAGGGCUACCACUACACCAUCAUCUACAACGGCACGGCGCACCUGCUGGACGGCACGAGCGGCUCGGCGCCGACAGUGGCCGCCAUCGUGGCCCUGCUCAACGACGCGCUGCUGGCGGAGAAGAAGCCGCCGCUGGGGUUCCUCAACCCCUGGCUGUACGCGGCAAAGUCGGGGCUGCGCGAUGUUCUGCACGGCGCGGCCACGGGCUGCAACACGACGGGGUUCCCGGCGGCACCGGGCUGGGAUGCGGCCACUGGACUCGGGACACCGGUACGUAUAGGACUCGAGAAGAGAUGGGCGCUCAUUGCUGACAUGUUCCAGUGGUUCCCGGAAUUGAAAGAUCUGGCCCUCGCUAGGAGAUCUCGCUGGGAUCAUCCGUGGUACAUUGUAUAG